GUCACCGUCGUCGGGGACCUGCACGGGUGCAUGCCGUCGCUGCGCGCGGCUCUCCGGGUGUGCGCCGACCUGAGCGGCGGCGCACGCACCUCGGCCAUCUUCGCGGGCGAGGGGACGGCGACCAUGGUCUUCAACGGCGACUUUGUCGACCGCGGCGCCAACUCGCUCGAGGUCCUCUGCUCGCUCCUGCUGCUCCGCUUUGCUCAGCCGGACGGCUCGGUCGUGCUGCUCCGCGGCAAUCACGAGGACGCGCUCCUCUCCGCGGCGUACGGCUUUGCGGACGAGGUGCAGGCCAAGCACGCGGCCGCGCACGAGGAGGUGUGGGAGGCUGUCUCCGACCUCUUCGCCGCCCUCCCGCUCUGCGCGCUCACCUCGCACGCCGCCAUCGUCCACGGCGGCCUGCCCGGGCCAGAGCUCGACCUCGGCGCCGUCAGCAGCAUCGCUCGCGGGCGCGACGACCUGCGCUCGGUGCUGCAGCCAGAGGGGCAGCCGGAUGCCGCUCUCAUCCAGGGACUCGUCUGGUCGGAUCCGUCGUACGACGACGGCCUUCACACCAACGAGAGCCGCGGCGGCGCGGGCUUCAUCUUUGGCCCGGACGUAGCCCGCGCGUGGCUCGAGCGGCAGGGCCUCCGCUACCUCGUGCGUUCGCACCAGGUGAAGCCCGACGGGUGGGAG